AUGGACGUCAGUAAGGAUGGCAGUGGAGGGUCUUGGUCACCCUCACCCUCUAACCCCGGCUGUCAUAAAGGCAUUGUUGCAGUCUGCAUCAUCUUUUUCCUUAUUGUUGGCAUCUUUGCAGGCCUCGCUAUUGCAUACCUGAUGGAGGAACAGCAUGAUUUCUUGGAAACCGUGGAGCUGAAAGGACUCAAGUACAAUUCUGAUCUGGAGGAUGGAAACUCUGGUUUCUCUAUAAUGCUUUCCUCAGCUUUAAAGUCCAAAGUUAAAGAUAUCUUCACUGCCUCAUCAAUAUCAAAACAUUAUGAUGGCUGCAGUAUUAUUGCUUUUGGUAGCAUACAUGGUGAUGUGAUGGCAACAUUAAGACUGUUCUUCAGGGUAUCCAAAAUCCAGCAGUAUUCAAGUAACUUUGUUCAAGAGCUGCUGAGAGCAGGGCUCAGCUCUGUGUUGCAUGGGGAACCACUAGAGGUGCCUGGGUUUGGACAGAUCAGCGCUAUUGUCGUAUUGGGAGCCAGCGGGAAGUCAUUUUAUGUAAUUGGAGAUGAGAUGAUAGCAAGGUGUCCAGAAAAUGUUUACACCUGUGAAAACGGGGAAUGUAUUUCCAAAAGAAACCCAGCGUGUGACUUCAUCCCCGACUGUGCAGAUGCAUCUGAUGAGGCUCGCUGUGACUGCGGCUUACGCCCGGCAAUGAGGAGUCGGAUAGUUGGUGGUGAGGACGCCCGGCAAGGAGAGCUGCCCUGGCAGGUCAGCCUGAGGUACCACUGGAGGCACACAUGUGGAGCCUCCAUCAUCAACGAGCGCUGGAUCGUCAGUGCAGCACACUGCUUUGAAGGUGCCAACAAUCCCAGUGAAUGGACAGCACUGGUUGGAGCCAACCUGGCCAACGGCCUAGAGGCCGAGUCGAGAACUAUCAACAUCAAGUCGAUAAUUGUCAACCCUGAAUACGACCCCAUGACCAGCAACAACGAUGUGACUGUCCUGGAGCUGGAGACGCCCCUCACCUUCAACUCCUACAUCCAGCCUGUCUGCAUUCCCCCUCAGUCCCACGUCUUUCAGCCGGGUCAGAGCUGCAUUGUGUCUGGGUGGGGCGCUCUGCAGCAGUUUAGCACACAUGUCCCCAACACGCUGCAGAAAGCGUUGGUCAAGAUCAUAGACUCCGAGACGUGCAAUCAGUCGUCUGUGUACAGAGGUGCUAUUACUCACAAAAUGAUGUGUGCUGGAUUUCUGCAGGGGAAGGUGGACUCCUGUCAGGGUGACUCUGGAGGGCCCCUUGUGUGCGAGGGUGGACCUGGGAGGUUCUUUCUGGCCGGGGUGGUGAGCUGGGGUGUGGGUUGUGCCCAGGUCAACAGGCCUGGAGUUUACGCCCGCGUCACCAAGCUCAGAAACUUCAUUCUAAAAUACACAGAUCCAGCUUUGGUCAAUGACCAGGUAAAGCCUGUUCCAACAACACCAGCCCCGUUGACCAGUAAGUCCUCUGGGAGCCUCCCAGUGCCUCAGAGCAGAUGUAUUCCAGCCAUAAACUGCAGUGAGAACUUCCAAUGUGGCUCCAGUUUGUGCAUCAGUAAAGUCAACCCAGAGUGUGACAGAAUCCCCGACUGCCCCAAUGAAGCUGACGAGAAAAACUGUGACUGCGGUGUUCGUCCUGCUCUGGACGUUCAGCGGAUCAUAGGUGGAGUCACGGCUCGGCGGGGAGAGUGGCCGUGGACUGGCAGUCUGCAGUACCAGAAACAACAUCGCUGUGGCACCACGCUCAUUCACAAGAAGUGGUUACUGACUGCUGCACACUGUUUUAACAGUGAUUCUAGCCCCACUGAGUGGGCUGUAAGCCUCGGGUCUGUGCUGCGGUCUGGGUUAGGCGCGUUGGUUAUUCCCAUACAGAGAGUGGUCAUCCACCCGGCUUUCAACGGCACCAAUAUGGACCAUGACGUGGCUCUGGUGGAGCUGGCAGUCCCGGCCCCGGUGUCCUACACCGUCCAGCUGGUGUGUCUUCCCUCGCCGGUGCAUCUCUUCCUGCAGAACUCUGAGUGCUACAUCACAGGCUGGGGAUCCAUGAAGGAAGGAGGCUCUCUGACCAAUCUGCUGCAGAAAGCUGCAGUGAACAUCAUUGAUCAGGAACACUGUCAGCUGUCAUAUGGCAACUUGCUGACUCCCAGUAUGAUGUGUGCCGGAUUCAUGGAGGGAGGACGGGACACCUGCCUGGGGGAUUCUGGUGGGCCGUUAACGUGCCGCCAUCACUCUGGCCCGUGGUUCAUCGCCGGUGUGACCAGCUGGGGACACGGAUGUGGGCGAACUGGUUUUCCAGGGGUUUAUACUCGGGUGACCUCGGUUAGGAAAUGGAUAUCAACAUACCUACCUUUCUGA